AUAAUAUCAAAAUGAUAAUUAUAAUAUAGGGCAGACGGUAAAAGUAUAAAUACUGUGAGCAUACUGGGUCGCAUUAUCAGUCUCACUUUGUCGAGAGGAUAACAAACAUGUACGCUAAACUGUUCAUCGUCUGCGUCGUCGCCGCGGUAGCGCUCGCCCGCGAGUACCCGGCCGGCGUGCACCCCGCAAUCUGCCCCAACUACCCCUUCUGCGACACCAACACCCUCGCGCGCUUCACCCCGGACGGCCAGCCUAUCCCCGAGUGGGUGUACAACCCCUCCAUCCUGCCCGUAGCACCCGCUGACCCCCACGCUAAUAUUGCCCCUAAAUACCCGGCCAACUUCAACGCGGCUGCUUGCCCCAACUACCCAUACUGCUGGUGAACAGUUUAGACCCCAGGCCAGCCUUCCGGACCCAAGACAUAUGUUAAUGCCAGACUUCAACACAAAACGUCACUGUGACAUUUACAACUCUUCGAAAUAGGGCUUAAUUGCUUUCAUCUCUAUACCAACACAGCAUAGCUCAGAAGUUGAAUGACAUUCUGUCAAAUUGAAUGCUAUGCUGCUUGGGUAUGAAAUAUGAAUGUCAUUCAUCUUCAAGUUGAAUGCUAUUAUACUCGCCCAUAUUGUAUGUCAAUAACAUUAAUGUUUUGUAAGAAUUCUGUGUAAAUUAGCAAUGUCUCUGCCAUAUUUUACACGUACCUUAUGAAAUUGUAAAUAACUCGAACUGAUUUUUGCUCAGCGUUUUGGUUUUUUGUAAAAAAAUGUGUAAAAAAUUGUAAAUAAAUAUGUAAAACUAAA